UCAGGUGCCCCGCGGGUGCAGGACCAGAAGUGCGGAGAGUGGGACCUGCAGCCCAGCCCGGGGGGUGGAAGGCGGGGCCCGGGGCCCGGGGCCGCCGCACCGCGGGCCGCCCCCGCCGGCCGCUCUGCGGGGAGGAUGCCGGCGGGCGCUGGGAGCGUGCGCGGCCACGUGACGGCCGCUAUAAGAGCGCUGCGGGCGGACGCUUCGCUCCCGCCGCGCCUCCUCGCUGGCCGCGCUCGUUCUCGGCGCCCAGGUUCCCCGAGUCACCGACUUGCGGCUGCGGCAGCCGCCCGCGGCACCAUGACAGAUCAGGCCUUUGUGACACUGACCACAAACGAUGCCUAUGCACAAGGAGCUCUGGUCCUGGGCUCAUCUCUGAAACAGCACAGGACCACCAGGAGGCUGGCCGUGCUCGCCACGCCGCAGGUCUCAGACUCCAUGAGGAAAGUUUUAGAAACAGUCUUUGAUGAAGUCAUCAUGGUAGAUGUCUUGGAUAGUGGCGAUUCUGCUCACCUGACCUUAAUGAAGAGACCUGAGUUGGGUGUCACAUUAACCAAACUCCACUGCUGGUCCCUCACCCAGUAUUCAAAAUGCGUGUUCAUGGACGCAGAUACUCUGGUCCUAGCAAAUAUCGAUGAUCUUUUUGAGAGAGAAGAAUUGUCAGCCGCACCAGACCCAGGAUGGCCUGACUGCUUCAAUUCCGGAGUGUUUGUUUAUCAGCCUUCAGUCGAAACGUACAAUCAGCUAUUGCACCUUGCUUCUGAGCAAGGUAGCUUUGAUGGUGGGGACCAGGGUUUACUGAAUACGUUUUUUAGCAGCUGGGCAACAACAGAUAUCAGAAAACACCUGCCAUUUAUUUAUAACCUAAGCAGCAUUUCUAUAUACUCCUACCUCCCGGCAUUUAAAGCAUUUGGAGCAAACGCCAAAGUUGUGCAUUUCCUGGGACGAAUCAAACCAUGGAGUUACGCUUAUGAUCCAAAAACAAAAAGUGUCAGAAGUGAGCCCCACGAUCCCAACGUGACUCAUCCAGAGUUUCUCAGCCUGUGGUGGGGCAUCUUCGCAGCCAAGGUUUUACCUCUGCUUCAACAAUUUGGCCUUGUCAAAGACGCCAGCUCAUGCCUAAGUGUGCUCUCAGACUUGGUCUAUACACUGGCUUUCUCUUGUGGCUUCUGUAGAAAGGAAGGUGUCUCAGGAGCUGUAUCCCAUCUGUCCCUCGGAGAGAGCCCAGCUACGGCACAGCCUUUUGUAUCUUCAGAAGAACGGAAGGAGCGCUGGGAACAGGGCCAGGCUGAUUACAUGGGAGCAGAUUCCUUUGACAACAUCAAGAGGAAACUUGACACUUACCUCCAGUAGACACACUGCCAUUUUCCUAUGGACACAUCCCUUCACAGGCACUUAUUUCUGAUACUUAGUACCUAGAGCUGGGUUAAGAAAGGUCUGUUAUGGUUGCUAGAGGCUUUCACGAAAAGUCAUCAGAUGAGGGGAUUUUGCAGGGCAACAGGUGAGAACUGGGCAAAAAUGGUGAAGCAGCAGUUCUGUGGUAUGGAUGGUGUUGUGCUUUUUAACCCUGGGCUUGUUCAGCUAACAUUUCAGAAAUGGUUAUGCUGAUUGCCAGCAUAUGCGGUAAGGGAAACGCACUCCUAAACUAGUAAGGUGGCUCUAUCAACUUAAAUGUGCCAAGCCAGGCUCCAAGUCCAUUUCCCUUCACAACGGGACAGGGCAUCUGUCUCUUGCUUGCUUGCUUGUACCCAUCAUGAGACCUGCAUUUUAGGAUUGCCCAGAGGCUGCCAGAGUGGUUGUAAUUCUGCUUUCAGGUGAAGACAGCCUGUAAUAAUACUGCUAGUGAUUCAUAAAUAUAUCAGCAAAUGGCGUUGACCCCUUUUCUUUCUGAGUCUUAGCGUCUGAAGUUGUUCACCGGUUUGCUAUGGCAGCAUGCUGAAAUGCUUUGUUCAGUUCUGUGUAUCUACAAACAGCAGUGGUUUCUGAUGGUUACCUGCAGUGACACCUUGUAUGAAAAAUAAAGAUUUAUUGCUAUA